AUGGGAAAACACUGGGUUACGGCCGAGACGUGGCCUUUGGAAUUCGGCCAGUUCACUGCUUUCUUUUCAGCUAUACUUUGGGUUGUAUUUCCUCCUUCAAAGAGUGAAAUAGAGACAGCUGUUACUCAAGAAUUUUUUUGCAUCGUUGGUUUGCGCGAUUUGAUGUUCAUUGCUGUCAAUGAUUCCCAUCCAUUGGGAUUUUUCAUUCACGCUGUAUACGCAACCAAGUUUGGGUUGCUCGUAGAGCGUGAUCUAACGUGUUUCGGUAUUUCGGCGGAAGAGCAAGUUGCUCUCUAUUCGCUCUUCUCAUCCGUUAAUGAACCGCGAGAUUCUUUGACGCAAUGGUUGUUUUGUUGGGAGAAAUCCGAAUAUCGUAUUAUAGGAGCUGAAGAUGAUUUUUUGUUGGUAUUUGAUAGAUUGAAUGAGGUACACAGCUUAUUGCGAAUUCGCAUCACUUCGGAACAUGAGGUACAGUCUGCCAUAGAACUUCUGGAAAAACGUCGAACUGAGGCAACCUCUACUCAAGGAACGCCACUUAUUCAUCCCGAAUCAACUCCCAUUACUGCCCAUCGCUUGCAGAGUUCUGGUGCUUCUCUGGCUGCACCUCGGAUUCAUGCUGCUUCAACAGUAACAGGCGGUGGUUCUUUGAUACGUUCAGUGCAUACGAGAUCCAUGACUGCCCGAUUGGCUAGGACUCGUUCGUUUCCACAUCCGCCACAUGCCCCUCCAGCAGACAGCCCCGCUCUGUCGAUUUUUUCACCGAUUCCCUGGGCGGUCACUCUGAAGCUGCCAACAGUACAAUAUCACAAAAACAGUACAAUAUCACAAGUUUACGAUCCAGUCCAUCAGAUGAUUACUCCAAGAAUACAAGUGUUCAGCCGGGAGCUUCAACGCCAGCCAGAUUUCGAUUUAUUAUUGGCUGAGUUAUGCCUUGAUCACGUCUGGACUGAACCUUCGAAAAGAGACGUUAGUGGAGAAAUAGCCUCUAAGAUGUUCCUUUCUCACAAUGUGCUUUCGCAAGAUUUUGUGAAUUUCUUCGUUGGAACUGUUAACCAGCUGCGAUCGAUUCGAGCCGUUCACACUGUAGGUAAUAUUACCACGUCUGGAUCGAUGAACAUACUGCUUUGUCGAGAUGCGGUAGCAAUUAGG